GUCUAUAUAAAUUACAUUUAUGUAAAUUAAAAAUAUAAUGUACACAUGUUUUAAAUUAAAAAUAACACUAUUAUGUAUUUAGGGAGAAAAAGAAAGACAAGACUUAUUAAAUUUAUAUAAAGAAUGUAAGUAAAUAAAAUAUAAAAGACUGCGCACAAUCGUAAUUCCGGCAAUAAUUUUUUGUAAAUAUCUUAUGUAUAUACCUAUAAAGAUAAAAUAUAAAAAGUAUACAAUUGUAUGAUUAGUGUUUUAUAUAGGCAUGAAUUGAAAAAAACAUAUGGAUAUAUUUUUUUAUAACUAGUACAUAUCUACAAAAUACACCUAUAAUUUUGAAUUGCUUUUUUUUUUUGUUUCUAUAGUAGAAACAGUUGCAAACUCAAUUACCUUGCGUGAGGUCAUGGAUUAUAUGGUAACAAGACCAUUACCAUAUUAAUAAGAAUUUUAUUCGGUUUUUUUAAUGUACUUAAAAAGAAGGGAACAAAAAUUUUAAUUCAAAAUUUUGAAAUUAAAUCAAGCUCACUUAUUUUAUUAGUCGAACUUCUUAAAAAAAAAAACGGUUCAAAGUGUUAAAAAUAAAUCAUUUUUGUUUAAAAGAAAUGGCAAAUCAAAAUAAUGAUGAUUCUACAAAACCAAGGAGUGAUGAUCAUUAUUCAUAUGAAACAAUCAAGGAAAUUGCUGACUUUUUAUUAGAAAAAACUCAAUUACGCCCUAAAAUUGGUAUAAUUUGUGGUUCAGGUUUAAAUUCAUUAGCUGAUCGUUUAGAAAAUACAGAUGCAUUCCCAUAUGAAGAAAUUCCAUAUUUUCCAAUUUCAACUGUUGAAGGACAUGUUGGCCGUAUGGUAUUCGGUUAUUUGAAUGGUGUACCAGUAAUGUGUAUGCAAGGACGUUUUCAUUAUUAUGAAGGAUAUCCGUUAGCAAAAUGUUCAAUGCCAGUACGAGUAAUGAAAUUGGUUGGUGUAACACAUUUAUUGGCAACAAAUGCUGCUGGUGGUUUAAAUCCAAAAUUUAAAGUUGGUGAUAUAAUGAUUGUACGUGAUCAUAUUAAUAUGAUGGGUUUUGCUGGUAAUUCACCAUUACAAGGACCUAAUGAUUCAAGAUUUGGACCACGUUUUCCACCCAUGGCAAAAGCAUACAGUAAGGAUUUAAUAAAAAUAUGCAAACGUAUAAUUAAAGAUAUGGGUAGUGAAAAUGAUGUACACGAAGGUGUUUAUACAUGUUUGGGUGGACCAAAUUAUGAAACUGUUGCCGAAUUAAAAAUGUUAAGAACAAUUGGUGUUGAUGCAGUCGGUAUGUCAACUGUACAUGAAGUUUUAACAGCAAAACAUUGUGAUAUUACAGCAUUUGCAUUCAGUUUAAUAACAAAUAAAUGCAGUUUAGAUUAUGACAGUAGUGAUGAAGAAGCAAAUCAUGAAGAAGUUGUUUCAGUUGGCCAAAGUCGGCAAGAAUUCUGUGGUGAUGUUAUAUAUCAAAUGGUUAGAGCUAUUCAUGAUGAAGAAAUAGCAAAAGACAACUAAAAAAAAAAAAUAUGUAUAUUUUUUCAACAUAUAAUUUUUAACUUAAGGUAGAUUUUAUAAGCCAAAACUUUAAAUUUAUGAUAUGUAUAAUACAUUAUUUUACAAUUUUAUAAUGACCAGUAGAAUAAAAUUAGAUUUAUUAGAUUGUUACAAUUAGAAUAUUAAAAUAAAAAAUAAGAAUGUAAAUCUAAAAUACAUUUAAGGAAAGUUUACAAAACAAAAAUUAAAUAUUUAUAAAAUGUUAAUUUGAUUUUAAUAUUUAAAGAGA